AUGUUAUGGUCAGGUAAAAACGCGAAAAAAAAAUCCAAAAGAAAAGAAAAGUCGUGUGGUACUGCAAGGCUGUGACUCAGAAAAGAGAGUGUAAAAGGGAGAAAGUGGCUAAAAAGCGGACGCAAAAAAAUACGCCCAGAAGUGGAGCUACGCCGAGGGGGAAACAUAUAUACAUACGUAGUACGUACGUACGCUCGUGAAAAUAUACUCGUGUAUUUUUUUGUGCCUGCCGCCACAGGCGAACCAGAGCUCGAAGCCAACGAACGAUGGAAACCAACGCAGGCAGUAGCGCCACGGACGAACCCGCGAAAAGCGCGGACUUAUUCAAAGACGAAGGCGACAUCGACGAAAGGGGCAUCGGCGCAAACGGCACUGUGGAAGGCGGAGACGUCGAACGUGGAAACGGCGAACGUGGAAAUGUCGAACGCGGCAACGUCGAGAGCUUCAAAAAGAGGAUGAAGGCUGCGAAGAGGAUGCCGUCCAGGAAGAAGAGGAGGGAAAUAAAGGACGCCGAGUCGGAGGAAGAGCAGGACGCCCUGGAGGCGGAGCAAAAAGAGAAGGGAAAGGCGGUAGAAAUGGGAGAAACGGGGGAAGCCAAUUCGGAGGGAGAGCAACAGCUCGAUGGAGACCGCGGCGGAAAGGGUGAACAGCACCCAAACGUGGAGGACCCAGAGGAAGACCCCUCGAAUGAGAUCAGCCCCGGGAAGAGGAAAAGGAAAUCAAAACUGAAGAAAAAAGGCGAGCAAGAACAAGUUAACGAAAGGAGCAGCCACUCCGCGAAGGGCGACAUUACCACGAAAGACAACAUCUUUGGAGACGAAAACUUUUCUGAUGAGAGCCAGGGCGGUGAAGGCAGCGCGGGGGGCGCAGGUGGCCCAGUUGGCCACGAUGAUGAGGAUGACGGCGAUGACGAUGACGACGAUGACGAUGACGAUGACGACGAUGGCGAUGACGACGACGAUGACGACUAUAACGAGCACGAGGACCAUGCCAACCAAACGAGCGAAAGGAAAAAAAAAAAAAAAAAGAGAAAGCUGCGCCACAGCAAGGGUAAACGCACGGACGAGGGCGGCAAGAGGAAAAAACUCAAGUCGCCCGCGAAGAAGAGCAAGUUUAUAGAUAGCGUCGCGGAGGAAGGGGAGGAGGAAAGCGAAAGCGAAGGAGACAGCGAGGAGUACGAAGAGGAAGACCUAAUCAUCGACGAGAACGAUCAAGGGGGGGGGAAAAAAAAAAAAAAAAAAAAAAAAUCACCAAGCAAUGGGAACUUCUCCGCUCUGAGUCUACUGGACGAUGAAGGAGACUACGACAACGACGACUUAGUCGAUUCGGGCAAAUCUGAAAAAAAGAAAAAGUCCCAUUUUGAUGAAAUACUAGAAAAUUUAAAGAUGAAACGAAAAAGAGUGCAAAAGAUUUCCGAAGACGACGGUCUGCAAUAUUGCGAAAAUGUUUUAAAUCAAAUGAUAUUAAUGCAUGAGCAGGAUAUAAAAAAUAUAAAAGAAAAAAAACCAGCAACAGCUAAGUUACAAAUAAUUGACCAAGUGUGUAUGAUUCUAACCAAGCCGAAAUGGAAACCCUUUUUUAUGAAGUUAAAUAUUUACCACGUCUUAGCAUUAUGGCUAAUGCCCCUUUCGAAAAAUACACUCCCGAACUUUACCAUCCGAACGAACUUAUUGAAGGUGAUACAGCAGCUGCCCAUUACUAUAAAAUCCUUGAGGGGUAGCCAGCUUGGUAAAAUAAUGACCUACCUACACACACAUAAAGACGAAACUGAUGAAAAUAAAAAACUGAUUAGGACCAUUUUGCAAAACUGGAUGGGUCCCAUCAUAGGCAUUAAUACAAACUAUAAACAAUUUUUAAAAGAAAGGCAAAAAAGAAUUUUAGAAAAUCCGGAAUAUCACAAGAAGGUCCUCGAAAAAGCAAAAACUUUGAUCCCCGACUCGAUUAGCAUCGAGAAGGAGGAAGAGCAAAAUGAAUUGAAGAAGCAUGCCACCAUCCCCUUCAACAGCGAAUGCUCCUUUUUGAUUAACGUCCCCUCUUCUGUGCCCAGCUCCAGCAAGAAAAUGAUGCCCAAAAGUAAAAUUAAGAGGCUCACCGAUAAUAUGAAACUGCUGAAGAGGGCUCGCAAGUCCCAGAGGGUCUCCAUCGAGGGCAAGGGGGUUGCCCUGUAGAUGCACACACACAUGCGCAUAUACGCAUAUAAGCAUAUACACAUAUACACACAUAUAUGUGUGUGGUGUGUAGUGUGCCCCUCCCUCUGCUAGCCACCAGUUAAAGAGUCCCUUUUGCCCAGCACCACGGUGAAGUCUCCGUGGUGGGGCCUUUCCCCGUGGGUAACGCUCCCAUGUGUACAGAUGUUCUCCCACGUGCGCUCUCCACUGAAGUGCCCUCUUCUGCUGCCCCCUCGGAAUGGCUAACACCCGGGCCAUCGCGAGAUAGGAGCCCCACCAGGUUGGGCCCUCCCCAUUUCGGAUGCCUUACAUAAUACCUUGGAAAGUGAUUUACAUGCUGGGGUAUCCAGCCGUUCUGGGCCACGUCGCCCUGCCCAAAGCUCAUCAACCUACCCUCUUUUUGGG